CCUCCCCCGGCUCGGGGCAGCUCACGUGGCCCGGCGAAGAUGGCGUCUCCCGCGGCAGCUCAGGCCGGGGCCGCGCUGUGGGGGCUGGCCCGCCGCUCCGCCCUGCUGAGGGGCAGUUUCCCGGCUGUUCAAUUAACCCCGAGACGAUGGCUGAACCUGCAGGAAUACCAGAGUAAAAAACUGAUGGCAGACAAUGGGGUUACAGUUCAGAGAUUCUUCGUGGCUGACUCUGCAAAUGAUGCCCUGGAGGCUGCUAAGAGGCUAAAGGCAACAGAAAUUGUUCUAAAGGCUCAAAUCCUAGCUGGAGGGAGAGGAAAAGGUGUUUUUAAUAGUGGAUUGAAAGGAGGGGUCCAUCUAACUAAAGACCCUAAGGUUGUUGGGCAGCUUGCUGAACAGAUGAUUGGGUACAAUCUCGCAACAAAGCAAACUCCAAAGGAUGGUGUUAAAGUUAAGAAAGUGAUGGUUGCAGAAGCACUGAAUAUUUCGAGGGAAACCUACUUUGCAAUUUUGAUGGACAGAGCUUGCAAUGGACCUGUUAUGGUUGGCAGCCCACAGGGGGGUGUUGACAUAGAAGAAGUGGCGGCUACUAGCCCGGAACUUAUCUUUAAGGAGGAAAUAGAUAUUUUUGAAGGUGUAAAGGACAACCAAGCAUUGCAGAUGGCAGGAAAUUUAGGAUUCAAAGGACCUUUGCAACAGCAGGCAGCAGAUCAAAUUAAGAAGCUGUACAAUCUUUUCCUGAAAAUUGAUGCUACUCAGGUUGAAGUGAAUCCAUUUGGUGAAACCCCAGAAGGACAAGUUGUUUGCUUUGAUGCCAAGAUAAACUUUGACGACAAUGCCGAGUUUAGGCAAAAAGAGAUAUUUGCCAUGGAAGACAAGUCUGAGAAUGAGCCUAUAGAAAAUGAAGCUGCCAAAUAUGACUUAAAGUACAUUGGACUGGAUGGGAACAUUGCUUGCUUUGUGAAUGGAGCUGGUCUUGCUAUGGCAACCUGUGAUAUCAUUUCCCUUAAUGGUGGAAAGCCAGCCAACUUCCUGGAUCUUGGUGGAGGUGUGAAGGAAGCACAAGUCUAUCAGGCAUUCAAAUUGCUCACUGCUGAUCCUAAGGUUGAAGCAAUACUGGUCAACAUUUUUGGUGGUAUUGUGAACUGUGCCAUUAUCGCAAAUGGCAUUACCAAAGCCUGUCGAGAACUUGAACUGAAGGUGCCUCUGGUUGUCAGACUUGAAGGAACGAAUGUUCAUGAGGCACGUCGCAUUCUGAAUGAAAGUGGAUUACCAAUUACCUCUGCAAGGGACCUUGAGGAUGCAGCAAAGAAAGCAGUGGCUAGUGUGGAAAACAAAUGACUCCUUGAAGAUAUUUGCCUGUAGAGGGUCUGUGAUUCACAGAAGUGACAUUCACAUUCUUGUUGUAGGGAGAAUUAUUAGGGUUCCUUAAAGCAGUCAUCAGUAUUGCUGAAUUUAUCCAUCUGACAAACCCAGACGGUACGAAAAUUAGUGAAUCCUCAAUCUGCAAAUUUCUGGAUUGAGGAAUACGUUAAUUAACAUUUAAUUCCACAAAGUUCCUGGGGGUUUUUUUGCGUGUGUUUUUUUCCAAAAUAAUGUAGUUGAUGGAUUUGUGAAUAAGGUAUAGUUAGUAACUUACUGACUCCUGUCGACAGGGUUCUUCCCUAAUCCAACAAAUACUGUUUCCACAUUUUUUUGGAAAAACAUUUGAGUUCAUUUUUAAUGUCCUAAAGAGUCGGCAGGCAAAAGUAAAGCCUAAUCAUCGAUUGAUGUAUUUUUAUGAAUUUUUACAAUAACAAAAAAAAAUCUGCUUUCAAUAAAUAGGUUAGUUUUCUUCCUUAGAUAAUUUGUGCUUGUAUCACACUCCAUGCCUGAAAAUGAUUUCUUUGUAUUCAGAUACAAAAAGUGUACCUCACAAUAGGAAAAAAAAUUGAAUACCGUUAUUUGUAGUAGUGAAAGGACCGUCCAUUCUUCUACUGUACCAGUAAACAGAUGACAUGUGAUUCAGUUGAUUUAGUAGCCAUUGGAGGUGAAAUUGAGUACCGUCCUUCCAAAUGUGUCCGUGCCAUACGGUAUCUAUGGGUGUAUGUAUGCAGUGAAUCUAAUGGUUGCCAACUUUUCAAAAUAAACUCUUUAAGUAAUAGUAGUUAUUACAAUUCUGAAUAUUCAGCAUAACGUACGAAUCAAUAGCCGCACUAUGUGAGUAAUAAGAAAAAAAUUCUCAAAAUAGUCACUUUAUUUCCAAAAAAGAAUUUUGAUUGGCUGUGAAAAAAACUUUUCUUGUUCACUUUUCACAAACGUUUGAAUGCUCAAGCGUUAGUAACGCAAAUACUUCAGACAAGAACAACGAGGAGUCCUUGGGGCACCUUAGAGACUACCAAAUUUAUUUGGGCAUAAGCUUUUAUGGGCUAAAACCCACUUCAUUAGAUGCAUGGAGUGGAAAAUACAGUAGGCAGGUAUAAAUACACAGCACAUGAAAAGGUGGGAGUUGCCUUACCAAGUGGGGGGGUCAGUGCUGAUGAGCCAAUUCAAUUAAGGUGGAAGUGGGCUAUUCUCAACAGUUGAUAAGAAGGGGUGGAAAUCACUUUUGUAAUGCGAAUGAGGCCAAUUUAAACAAGGUGGCCCAUUCAAACAAGUUGACAAGAAGAUGUGAUUAUAUCGACUAAAAAUCCUAUUUUGAUUAUAGAGUCAUUUGUACUGUUAUAAUAAUUCAAGCUGUUGAUUAUUUACACAAAUCAUUCAAUCAGGGAACAGAAGAAACUACCAAGUGGCUUGAGUAACUAAUCAAUGAAGUACACAUUGCAGACCACAAACGUUUGCUGAAAUUUGUGAAUAAUUUUGAGUAAUGUACCAAUGAGAUAAUGUCAUGAUCUGUUUCUGAACAAUUUGUAAAUGGGGGAAAAGGUAAAAUUUGUCUAAUAAAUUAUUCAUUGUGAAUUAUUUGCUCCACUCUAA